AUGGCGAGAUACACGGUCACCGUCGCAGGCGGAGAGCGCAGAGCGAGCUUACUCAUUGUGCUCUCGCCGUCUCAGCUCUGCUCAGCCUUACGCGACAGGGUCAAGUCGCGCCUGCCAGAUCUGGGUCUCACCGCCGCGAAGGGAGCUCAGAUCACACUACACCUGAACACAGAAGAUGGACCAAUGCUGGAUGUCGAGGAUCUCCUGUCUGACGUUCUACCCAACGCCGAAGAGACCGUCUAUGCAGUCGUCCAUCCGCACGAUGAGCAGCCUGGUCCGUCACUACCAUUAAGACUAUCUGCGUCUGACGGAACGACAAAGACGCUACGCGUUCGCGUUAUCACUCCAGAGUUGGCCCAGUCCAACUCUGCAACCAUCCCCCCAAUACCGACGCACGUUUCGACCAAAUGCACUCUGAAACAGUUGAAAGGCCUCGUCCAAGAGCAUUUGGGUUUCCCCGCCGAGGACGGCGACUGCUCUGCGCUAGAGUGCAACUGCAGCCUUGCUCGACAGAUCGACAACAAUGCCGUCUUGAACGUCAACGGAUCUGGAGACCGCGACGCCCUCCAUACAGUCAUCCUCGUCCACUCUAACAACAUAGUGGUCGCCAUACCAGUCGAUAACAUUACGCUUAGUACUAUCCGGCAGGCGACGAAGGCGUAUAUGGAGCACACGCAGAACCAAGACUUGACCAACAAACUCAUAAAUUUCGUCAGUGGUGUUGAAGACGCAAGCAGCCGGACCUCUGGAGACAAAAGAUAUCUCAAAGCCCCAGUCAUGGCCAUCUGCUCGAAGAAAUGCCACUCCCAUCGCCAAGAUCGAGAGCGUACUGUCGACGACGAAGAAGAUCGCGUAGCCCAGCGAAAUUUAGUUGUCGACGUGCACACAUCAGAGUGUCCACUCGAGAUCACUGCACACAACGCUGAUAUCACGAUCGAGGCCGCCGGAUUAGAAGAUUGCGCCGUCAAUGGUAUACUCAACAUCUACGCCGUACAGCGAUGGACACUCGGCCGCAACGAGCGUACUGAUCAAGGCAAAGCUGGUAUCUUCAAGGAGUCGGAAGCUUGGAAGCAUCAUAUCGGUCAAACUGACCGUGGACUAGCCAGCCUGCUGUCCACAUUGCGCGUGUUCACUGAUCUCACCGCGAAUAGCAGCAUGGAUGACGAGCGACGGGACGCUCUGAUUCAUAUGAUUGAUGUCUUGACACACUUUCCUCCCGCCAUUCGAGCUGCACACAUCCUCAUGCGCGGCGAGACUCCGUGUCUUCCGGAACGUGCUGCGCUGGCACAGUGUCUUUAUGAGGUUCUUAAGAAUGUUGUCCCGCUGCAAACUAUUCGUUCCGAUACACAGCGGCUUUUCGAAGGCUCUCGUCUGCUAUUCGGUCUCAUAAUGGAGAAAGCCAAGCAGAUGAAGAUCGCCAAUGAGAACGCCGACCUACCGUAUAUUGGUAUGAAGGUUUACGACCUGAGAAACUUGACCACGAUGCAGCCCGUAUUGUCACAGUCGGUGCAGACAACAUCCGGUCUUGUCGAUGCUGGGUUCCACGAGGCUUUUGCUGAACAAGGGCUUUUGUGCUGGACGAAUGGUGAUAGUUCAAAGAGAACAUCAACAGUCGACCGAACCUGGGACCGAAUCGCCAAAGUUUCCGGCGGUACCAAGACCCAAGUCCUAGUCUUCAACUCCGAUGCCGCCAGGUCCAGCUCUCGCUAUAUGGACGGUGGUGAUGUCAACAAGAUCAUUUCGCCCGCGGAGUACGUUGAUCUCACAUAUCUGGCCAACCUCUGCAGUCGUAAUCAACUGAGUGUCACACCACCAGCUAGUCUCGCUUCUGCCUCCGCUCCCGUCUUGACUUUGGACAGAAACGGCUUUCUUGCUGUGUACGUGGGACGCGCCGCUUGUGCUGAGGCCGGGAGGGAUAUUCUCAUGUUUCGGCCGAGAUCUGUCUAUGAAGAAGAAGAAGCAGUGGACGUUUCGAUCAUCACCCAGUUAUUGGAGCCAAUCCUCACUCAGCGCAGGGCUGACGGCACCAUUGUCUUUGAGGCUUACGGUGAUCAGCAUCGCAAGCUGACAACUCCGGAUGAGAUAACCAUGAUAUGCGUCGACCUAAGCCGAAGCAUGGCUCAUCGUUGUGGUUUUGUCGAUAUAGAGCAUAGCGAAGAUGCCGAGGAAGAACUUCAACAACAGGUGCGCUCGACUACAGAUACUGCUCCGCCGCUACCAGUCGAAAACCCUGCUUUCGAUUUACCCGAACCAGACGAGCUCAAGGAGUACCUAAGAUCGCACGAAUCGUACGACGACUUCCUUGCUAUUGUCAACACAGGCAAAGACGACUAUCAUCGCCGACAGAACGCCGAGAAGGUGCUACAGAUCCUCCAGCAACUGCACGAGCAGCAGAUAGACUCCAAACGGGAAGAGCUAGGGAAACUUCGGCAGCAAGCAAGUCAACAGUGGUUGCGCAAUCGAUCGGAACACAUCGAUCGCGAAAUCAAUGUUCUCAGCAAUCGGUCCCUGCGCCUGCAAAAGUAUAAGAGUCUGCUAUGUGCAUGGCUAAUUGCCUGCCUUGGCAAUACUCUCGUGUCCGACCCGUUGACUUGGAAGCCGGGCGACAUCAUUCCGAAUGUCUACAAAGAAAUCCAGGCCACUGAUCAACCCCGAUUUGAGGUGCCGCGCGAAUACUGCUGUCCUAUCAGCAAUGAUGUAAUGCAGAAUCCUGUGAUUACGGUUGACAAUCACAUCUACGAGCGUAAAGAGAUUGAACGAUGGCUUCGGACUAACGAGCGUUCGCCUUUGACGAACCUGAUUCUUUCCAGCAACGACCUGCGCCCCAAUAUACAGAUGCAGGAGCAGAUCACCGCAUAUUUGGACUGCUCAGAUAUCGUGGCAAGACAUGUGCAGAGUCCCAGGACACGAGCCUCUUCCCGUACAACCCGCGUCACUUUGAGAUCACCACUGGAGACACACUCGAUGCAUUUGCCAUUUAAUCUGACGGCGAUAGAGCUGUGGGAAAUUGCUUUUCGUUUGACUAAAGGUCGCUACCCGAGCUAUGAGCUACGGCAUCGGAAUGCACAGGUCCCGGCUACCUCGGAACCCAUCGAAACUAUCAUCAACGCAGCCCACGAAGUAUUCAUCACACCUCUAGAGCGAAAGCCGUCAACUGACAGCAACAACGUGGAAGAGCUAUGCCUCGUCAAGAUAUAUCGCGGCUCUAGCUUUGACGACCCCGUUGUAUCAUAUUGGGUACCAAAGCAGACCACCAAAUCUGUAGCAUCCGCUGCUUUCCGAUACUACCGCCAGAGGUUCAUGGAGAGAUCGAUGUCCGCCGUAGAGAAACCUCUGGCUUUCUGGACCUGUAUGCGAGAUGCUGGCGACAAUGGUUGGCGUGGUACAACAAUACACAACCAUUGGGGAAGAAUCUCAUUGUAUCUCAACGGGGCAAGCUCUACAGGAAUACUAUCGAACGAGAGCUGCGUGGAUAAGCUCGUCGAUGACGAGAACUCGGAGAGCGCCGAUGAUGAAGACACAACAGGAAACCGUCCUUUGGUUCUCAAGUUGUGUCUACGGAGCGCCGGAAGCUCCAGCAAGAAGCGCGUUUCGCUGACCCGCUUGGACGUCGUGAAGCAGAUGUUUGAUGCCUAUAUAAAUCGUCUACUGGCAUACAAUUUCCAGACGCAUCUUGGAUUGAUCACGUUCAGCACCAGACCCUCACUGUCGCAGGAAAUCACUCACGCAGUUGAAGAAUUUCGUCACAAACUCAACAACUUGAAAGCCUCCGGUGAUACGGCUAUUUGGGAUAGUAUUGCUCUCGCACAAGAUCAACUUCAGGAGUACGCCAAGCAAUACCCAACUGCGAAGCUGAGAAUCAUAUGCAUCUCUGACGGGGAGGAGAAUCGAUCGAAGAACAAGGGUUAUAUCCUACCCGCGAGCUUACUGCGUAAUGGCAUUGUACUCGACUCGUUUUGUUUGGGGAAGGGGAUCGACAAUGCUGAUCUCAAGGGAAUUUCGUUUUUGACUGGAGGGUAUGUCUUCCAACCAAAGAGUCUCGAAGAAGCUAUGGCGAUAUGUGAGAUGGAGCCCGUACUCUCCUUAUUCGAGCGUCCAGAUAAGUCGCUCAAUGGUUCUGUUCAUCUCCGCAAUUAUCUCACAAACCCGGGCUAUUACAGCUUCCGUAUGGCUGAGUAUAUGGGUAAGGUCGAGCAUGUCAGCCGCGACGAGUUCCCGGAUCGCAAGCAGCAUCCACAGCUUGCAGAGUCAUUUGUGGAGCUAGGCCUCUUCAACCGAAGUUCAUCCAUCAGUCGUACCGACAGCAAUGUGCGUCUGAGCAGGAUCCAUAACGAAAUUCGUAACUCGGGCGCCAAGCCGCACCCGCACUACGACAUCUUCAUCUGCGAAUCCAAUAUGGGGCUCUGGAAGAUCGUCAUGCAGGGACCUCCCGACAGUACGUACUCUGGUGGUACUUUUCUCCUUUACUUGGAGAUGGGCGACAAAUACCCGAUGUCACCACCCGAAGCACGCUUCAUUACGUCCAUCUACCAUCCAAACAUCAACCGUCAUGGACGCAUCUGCCAUUCGAUUCUAGACCGCAACUGGACACUAGACACUUCUACCAAAGACGUGAUCGAUACAAUCUACUCGCUUCUGCUCGUGCCGGAGUUCAGCGACCCCAUCAACACCGUCGUCACUCUCAAUUAUCACUGGGACGAGGUGCAGUUCAAAGAGGAGGCGCAGCGCCACAUCGAGAAGCAUGCAAGCAAGAGCAGGGCAACUUGGCGUAGCGAAAUUGUGGGCUAG